ACCAAGGAUGCCGUGUUUGACGACACGCCCUGCAGGCCAAGUUUCGCUUUGAAAGAACAUACAGCAUGCGUUUUCUCGCCUGCGUGGAUUUCUUCGACGGGCUCCGCUUCUCAAACUCUUCCGUUGGGGUAUUCCGGCGCAAAGGAAUGGAUUGAGUAGCGGAGAGGAUUGCGAGGGGAUCAUUUCUGAGGUCAAAGCUAUUCGCCAGACGAGCCAUGAUCCACGUCGACGUCCACUCGCUGACCCAGCCGGUGGGCAUCCUGCGGCUGAUGGCGGCUAUCCUCACGUGUGUGUGUUUUAGCCUGGUGGCAUCGGCGGGCUACGUGCCGUCUCCUUACUGGGCCUGGUGCAUGUUCACCUGGUGCUUCUGCUUCUUCUUCACUCUCCUCAUCCUCAUCUUGGAGUUCACCACCUUCAGCGCCAAGUUGCCCUUCGCCUGGGAUGACUUCACCACCGCCUUCGCCAUGCUGGCGAGUCUCAUGUGCCUGGCCGCCUGCGUCAUCUACCCGACGUUUUUCACCUGCGCCGUCUGCUACCGGCAGAUCGGAGCUUCCGUGGUGUCCUGCGUGUGUUGCGGGUUGUACGUCGGCGAGGUGACGCUAAAUCGCCUGCGGCCGAGCGGGCAGAUCCGAGGCUUCCUCUCCACGCCGCCCGGCAUGAUGAAGAUGCUGGAAACUUUCCUCGCCUGUCUCAUCUUCACAUCUCUGGAGGAAAGUCAGUACGGGCACUCUCCUGAACUGCAGUGGUGCGUGGCUGUGUACUCCUUGUGCUUCAUCCUCGCCAUGCUCGUCAUCCUGAUCACCGUUGGACAGCUGACCUCGCUACUGCCGUUUUUUGACAAGAUGGUGAUCGUCUAUGACAUUUUAGCAGCAGUUAUGUAUCUGACAGCUAUGCUGAUCUGGCCGCUUUUUAGUUUCCGAAAUAAUCGGAGACCAGCGAACUGUGGCUACCUGUGUUCAUGGGAUAAACUGGUGAUGGUCACCCUCAUGACAAUUCUCAACUUUUGUGUUUACGUCCUGGACUCUGUCUACUCUAUACGGCUCGUGUUGAGUGUCAGCGCGGAGUGAAGCUGUUUUUAAAACUGAAAAAAAGGUUUCCUGUGCUUGAAUCAUUGUGUGCAUGCGACUUUUAAAUUGCUUUUUAUACAAUAGAAUGUCCUUUUGUCGUUUUUUUUUUUCAUUCACGAUAAAAUGAGCGCAGUUCAUGCUUUCAAGUUUGAUGGACUGGAGUAUAGUUAAUGAUUAAAAUGGUAUCGCUGCCAUAAAAGCAAUGACUGACAAAGGCAGUCAUUGCUGGGUUCCACUGAACUUGUCGUUAGAAGCCUGUGAUUCAACAGAGUGUCAAAUCUCUCUAGAGCAGAGGUGGGCAAACUAUGGCCCGCGGGCCAAAUCCGACCCCUUGGUCUUUUUAACCCGGCCCGCCGAAGGUUGGUACACAAUUAAGGUUCCAU